ACCCGGAGAGGUACGGCGGAGGCGAGUCGGCUAGGGACUGGGUGCGGGCGUGGGCGGCUCCUGACAGCGCAGAGCGGCCGGACCCGGUGGCCAGAGCCUGGGCCGCGGUGCUGCCGCGCGGCCGCUUUACAGGGUUCCAGAUUGUUUUCGAGUAAAAAUUGCCUUGAAGUCACAAAGCUGAGUCUUCUUGGAAGCCGACUCCCUCCCCCGUGGUGUGAUGCACUACUUAAUAAACUGAAUUCUACCAUUUGGAGAAUUUUUAAUUCAGAGCUGGACUGGCCAUUAUGGAGGAGGACCUGCAACAUUCACACUGUGUGAAUUGUGUCAGUAGACGGUGUAUGACCAGACCAGAGCCUGGCAUUUCCUGUGACUUGAUUGGUUGUCCAUUGGUUUGUGGAGCAGUUUUCCAUUCUUGUAAAGCUGAAGAGCAUCGGCUUUUAUGUCCACUUGAACGGGUGCCUUGCUUAAAUAGUGACUUUGGAUGUCCAUUUACCAUGGCUCGAAAUAAAGUUGCUGAACAUCUACAAAUGUGUCCUGCAAGUGUGGUGUGCUGUACCAUGGAAUGGAACCGAUGGCCUGUGAGUUAUGCAGACCGGAAAUCAUAUGAGAAUCUAAGCAGAGAUGUUGAUGAAGUAGCACAAUUAGAUAUGGCCUUGGCCCUUCAAGACCAAAGGAUGCUCUUAGAAUCUCUCAAAGUAGCCACUAUGAUGUCAAAAGCAACGGAUAAAGUAUCUGAACCUAGAGAACAAAUAUCAGUUAAAUCAAGUGUCCCAGAAAUGCCACAUACUAAUGGGUUGGUGUCUGUUGAUGAAGAAUCUUACGGUGCGCUUUAUCAAGCUACUGUAGAAACAACCAGAAGUUUGGCUGCAGCUUUAGAUAUCUUGAAUACUGCCACAAGAGAUAUUAGCAUGUUAAGUACAAGUCUUUGUGGUACCCCAAAUGAAAUAGGUGAAGAAACAAAUGCCAAAGAAAGCUUACAGAAUAGAAACUUAAAGAACCAGGACCACCUGUAUGAGGAGGAGAUAGGGGCAGUAGGUGGAAUUGACCAUAAUGGCACAAGUGAGAAUGCCCAGUCUGAACAAAAUGGCUCUAGCGAUUUAUUGUGCGACUUGAAUACAAGUUCUUAUGGUACUUCUGCUCUUUGUAAUGGCUUUCCUUUAGAAGAUGUAUGUCUACAGGUUAAAGACCACGAUCAACAAAGUAACUUAACAAACGGAGAAUAUGUGGCAUCAGAUGGGCCCUUGGAACCUUCCAGUUCACUUUCAUUAGCAGCACAGCUUAGAGAAGUAAUGCCAUCUGGUGCUUUGCCUAAUGGCACGGUUCAGCAUAUUCUCAUGCCAGAUGGUGAAGAUGAAGGAGAACUGUGCUGGAGAAAAGUAGACUUAGGAGACUUGAGAAAUGUGGAUGUCUUGUCUUUCAGUCAUACUCCUUCAUUCAAAUUUCUUUCUAAUUCAUGUUGGUCUAAACCAAAGGAAGACAAGGCGGUAGAUACAUCAGACUUGGAAGUGGCAGAAGAUCCCAUGGGCCUCCAAGGAAUAGAUCUGAUUACAGCAGCCUUACUGUUUUGUCUAGGAGAUUCUCCAGGUGGGAGGGGUAUAUCUGAUAGUCGCAUGGUUGAUGUAUGUCACAUUGACUUUGGGACACAGACUUUUUCACUUCCAUCUGCAAUAUUAGCUACAAAUACAAUGGUUGGAGAGAUAGCUUCUGCUUCAGCUUGUGAUCAUGCCAAUCCACAGCUUUCAAAUCCAAGUCCUUUUCAAACACUUGGACUAGAUUUGGUAUUGGAAUGUGUUGCUAGGUACCAACCUAAGCAGCGUUCAAUGUUUACCUUUGUGUGUGGACAGUUAUUUAGAAGAAAAGAAUUUUCUUCACAUUUUAAGAAUGUGCAUGGUGACAUUCAUGCUGGACUCAAUGGAUGGAUGGAACAGAGGUGUCCGCUAGCUUAUUAUGGUUGUACCUAUUCUCAGCGAAGAUUUUGUCCAUCAACACAAGGAGCAAAAAUUAUACAUGACCGCCAGUUGAGGUCAUUUGGAGUUCAGCCCUGUGUAUCUACAGUAUUAGUAGAGCCUGCUAGAAACUGUAUGUUGGGAUUACAUAGUGACCAUCUGAGUAGUCUUCCUUUUGAGGUCCUACAGCAUAUUGCAGGUUUUCUUGAUGGCUUCAGUUUAUGCCAACUCUCAUGUGUGUCCAGAUUAAUGAGGGAUGUGUGUGGCAGUCUACUUCAAUCUCGUGGAAUGGUCAUACUGCAAUGGGGGAAAAAGAAGUAUCCAGAAGGAAAUUCAUCAUGGCAGAUAAAGGAAAAGGUAUGGCGAUUCAGUACUGCAUUUUGUUCUGUUAAUGAAUGGAAAUUUGCUGACAUCUUGAGCAUGGCAGACCACUUGAAGAAAUGCAGUUACAAUAUUGUUGAGAAACGGGAGGAAGCCAUCCCAUUGCCAUGUAUGUGUGUGACUCGAGAACUCACUAAAGAAGGACGUUCAUUACGCUCAGUUUUAAAACCUGUACUCUAAAAACUGUAACCUGUGCAUACAUGGCAAGCACCUGAUAUAAUUUCUUUGUAAUAUGUGACACUUUAUUAAUAUAUUAAAAAUUACAACUAGCUAAUUUUAUUGUCACUGUGUAUAUAUAACGUUUUGAAGUGACAUAUAUUUUUAUAAAGUAUUGUUUAAUUGGAAAAAAUUGCCUUAAUGUUUGAAAUGUGUGACAAUUUUGAAACUUGCUGGACAGGGUGAUUUAAUCUUUAGCUAUGACUUUCAGAAUUAGUAUGUUUCAUGGUGUGCAUAUUUGGUUCUUAAAUUUUACUUCUUAAAAUUAGCAGGAUCCUGACCAAACAAUUUGUUCCUCACGUUUUCUGUGGGUUGAAGCCCAUGCAAUCAAAAUGCAAAACUUUUAAUCAAAUUUUGGCAGCAUAGGUUUUUCAGGUAAACAUUUUCAGUUAUGUAAGUACUCCUGUAAGAUGAUUAUACAGUGCUCCCCUUCUGCAGUUGUUGAUGCAUAUGUGAUUUCCAAUAUAUGAAGUAUGAUCAAAAAACUCGGUGAAUACUUACAUUGAAAAACAUUUAUUAAAGGGAAAAGACACAGUGCCAUUUUCCCUCUCUUCUGCAUCUUAAGUGUCUUUAGUGGGCUGUUUUUGACUGCCUAAAUUAUUCAAAAUGUUAACCUUUGAAGAUCAUUUGACUUUGAGGAAGAGCCAGAUGUUGCCAGCUGUCAGAUCUGGUGAAUAAGGUGGGUGGGACACAUUGUAAUGUUUUUAUGAAUGUGCCUUUCUGUUGGGUGGUAGUUAGCAGCAUUCGCUGUAUCUUUUCAUCACCCCUUGUAAAAAGAGGACUUUGAUCACAAAAGAGAACUUCUUGAACUGCUUCAGAAAUUGGCAAGAAUGAUGGAAUAAGUGUGUUUCAAGCAAGGGGAUUAAUGUCAGUGUAUCUUACAAUUUUAAAAACUUAAACUUUCACUGUAUAUUUUGAUCCCCCAAUACUCCAAUCACAGUAUUUAAAAUCACAUUUAAUGUUUGGGAAUGCCACUUAAGAUGUUCCAAAAAUAAUUUACAAAGAUAUAUUGAUCUUAUGUUCUUACGUAAGUGAUCAUCAACAUCUUUUGUUUUUAUUGGAUGCCAGGUCCAGAGACUCUGGGCAGGUAAAAACCUGAGAGGUAAAAGCAGGACAAACAGCAAGCCUGUAAAUUAACUUGAAACAAUUCAUGGUACUAGUUAUUUGCUAGAUAUUUAAUAUAUGAGAAGAAAAUAUACCUCAUUUUAAGUCUGAAUUUGGCAUAUUGUGAAUACAUUUCAAGUAUUCAGAAUAUAAAAGGGCUUAACUAUUUUUUCAUAAGCAUUUAAAAUUUUGCUUACUGAUGUUUAUAAAAAACAACUGUAUUGAGACAUUAAAAAAUGUGAAAUUUAAUGUCUUUUAUGUAAGGUAACAAUUGAGCAGAAACGUCUUGAUUGACAAUCUCUUCUAAAUGUUUUCAAGUGAAUUUUCUGUACAUCUCCAUGCUAGAAAGUAAGAGUUGUAUCUUUGUAUAAAGGACAAAGUACGAUAGGCCAAUAUUCAAAGUCCUGUUCUUGAAGUAUUAUGUUACUGUUUUUAAAUUGGUUUGUACUAAAUGAGGUUGAUAUGGUCAUCUUAAAAAGAAAUAUACAUGUUGUAUUAGUAUUUAAAAGUAAAUUGCAAAGAUGACAUAUAUUUAAAUAAUUUGUCUUAGGCAAACUCUGGCAUUUGAUAAACUGAAAUGGUGACACACCACUUUGUUAUAAGUGGCAAAACUCAUCGUAUCCUCCCCAAUUUGUCCUUGAGACUACUUGAUGGUCCCUGAUUCAGAAUUCCCAUUUAUGGCAGUCAGGCUGGGCAGAGGCGUUCCUUGGGCACUAGAGAAUUCUGAACCGUUUAAGAUUUGUUUUGGUUGAAUCAACUAAUCAGUUGUUUUGUUUCACUUGUCAUUUUUUUGCUUUGUUUUGUUUUGUUUUGUUUUUGUUUUUUAGAAGCGGGGGCUCACUAUGUAGUGCAGGCUGGUCUUGAGCACACUUACAUAGCCCAGGCUGGCUUCGAACUCACAGUAAUCCUCCUGCCUCAACCUCCCAAGUGCUGGGAUUACAGACAUGUGCCACCGUGCCCAGUUUAUCACCUGUUGUUUUAAUUAGUAGAAUACAUUUCGGUGUUUUUAACAUUCUUUUUCAACUGUAGGGUGGAAUUGCAUAAACAAUCUGUGCUUCUGUGAAGAAAACUAGAAAUAAGGUAUCAAGUACUGUACAAUAUAACUCCAUCUUUUAAAGUUUUGCUGAAGAAUGUGUGUAUGGUUAGAAUACCACUACCAUUAACUUUAUGCUUUAUGGUUGUGCUUUAUUAAACCCAUGAUUUUUGAGCUUAACUUGCUUCCACACUGGAUCAUGAGACAUUUAACAUUUUUCCAUCUUAUAUUUCUUUUACACAUCCUUUGCCUUUUUUUUUUGUUAUGCCACCAUACUGUUUUGUUAAAAUAUUUUCUUUGUGCAACAUUUGUUAAAGUUCUAAUAAAAUCAUUUUUCUUUUA